UUAAAAGCGAAGCAUCUAAAGAGUUUUUUUUCCUCAGUAAGUAUCUGGACGUGAGCUAGUUCUGUAGUUUUAAUAGAUUGAGAUACAGUAUGGUGCGUGUUCCAAAUAUAAAACUUAAUAAUGGCCUUGAAAUGCCGGUAUUGGGCUUGGGGACGUAUCAGUCCAAGCCAAAUGAGGUUGCCGAAGCAGUAAAACACGCCAUUGAUCAUGGGUACCGCCACAUCGACACUGCCUUUUCCUAUGGAAAUGAGAAAGAAGUAGGUGCGGCAAUAAAGGAGAAAAUUGCUGAGGGCGUUGUAAAACGUGAAGAUAUUUAUCUCGUAACCAAGCUCUGGUGCAUCCACCAUGACCCUUCCAAGGUUGAACACGCUUGUCGGAAAUCCUUAGAAAAUCUGGGACUAGAUUACAUAGAUUUAUACCUGAUGCAUAAUCCUGUAGGGUUUGUCUAUGUUGACGAUUCAACUAUUCUUCCUAAAAAGCAGGAAAGUGAUGAAUUUGUUAUAGCAAGUGAUAUCGACUAUUUAGACACUUGGAAAGCUAUGGAGCAACUCGUGAAAAAAGGACUUGUCCGAAGCAUUGGACUUUCAAACUUUAAUGCUGAACAAACUGAGCGGUUAUUGAAAAAUGCUGAAGUCAAACCGGUUACAAAUCAGGUCGAAUGCCACAUAGAAUUAAAUCAAAAGAAGCUCCGUGAGCUCAGCAAACAAUACGGAAUUAUUCUUACAGCAUACUGUCCCCUGGCCCAGCACAACCCAGUUGAGAAGAAACCAGCCUUCCUGUACGAUGACCGUACUAUUGCAAUUGCCAAGAAAUACAAUAAAACUCCAGCACAAGUGGCAAUAAGAUACUUGUUACAAAUUGGCACCAUUCCGAUUCCGAAGUCAGUAACAAAAUCAAGGAUUGAAGAAAACAUCAAUGUUUUCGAUUUCGAACUUAACUCGGAUGAAAUCAAGAUCUUGGAACAACAAGAUUGUGGCAACCGCAUAGCUAGAUGGCCUUUUAUUAAUCCAACUGAGAAGUAUUAUCCUUUUAAUGCAGAAUUUUAAAAAAGUUCUAAAUUCACUUGGUGCAUAUCCGAAGAUCCCUUUCUGCAUAAAAACGUGGAAAUAAAUUUUACAUGCACCAGUUGUU